AUGCGUUCACUUCUCAUCGUUCUCUCAUUCAUCGUUUUCACUUUCGGAGGACAUUUUCCCGCUUUUCAAAUCUCAACUUGGAAACACGUUUGCGAUAAGAUUUGUGAGAUCGGUGGUGACACGGAGAAAUGCUGUCGUGAUCAUCGGCACGAGUUGGGCGGCUACUGCGAUGCUGAGGGGAUGGCCGUGUGUAGGCGAGCUGUUAUCGCAUCCGGGGUGAAACGCUUCAAUCUUUGCGACAACACGUGCAAGAAUGUGACAAAUGAUCAGACAAAACUUUUGUUGUCGUGCUGUGCAGCGAGCCGAUUCAAAGAAGGAGGCGUCUGUGUCAAGGAAUCCGCAUUUUGUCUUAUU